GAUUGUCAUAAGCCGAGCGACGGUUUAUCGAUCAGUCUUUUCCCUGGCAUUGGUGUGAUCCUCGAUCCUACUAGGUCUAAAGAGGCGAUGUCUCUACGCGGCGGGGACGCUGCUCGCACCCUGGGGCUCCGGGUAUUUGGAAGAUAUUUAUACAGUCCAAUCAGGUCAUUAAGUUCUUUGCCAGAUAAAAAAAAAGAAUUUUUACAGAAUGGACCAGAUCUUCAAGAUUUUGUGUCUGGGGAUCUUGCAGACAAGAGCACCUGGGAGGAAUAUAAAGGAAACUUAAAACGCCAGAAAGGAGAAAGGUUAAGACUACCUCCAUGGCUAAAGACAGAGAUUCCCAUGGGGAAAAAUUACAAUAAACUGAAAAAUACUUUGCGAAAUUUAAAUCUCCAUACAGUAUGUGAGGAAGCUCGAUGUCCCAAUAUUGGAGAGUGUUGGGGAGGUGGAGAAUAUGCCACUGCCACAGCCACAAUCAUGUUAAUGGGUGACACAUGUACAAGAGGUUGCAGAUUUUGUUCAGUUAAGACUGCAAGAAAUCCACCUCCCCUGGAUACCAGUGAGCCCUACAAUACUGCAAAGGCAAUUGCAGAGUGGGGUCUGGAUUAUGUUGUGCUGACAUCUGUGGAUCGAGAUGAUAUACCUGAUGGGGGAGCUGAGCACAUUGCAAAGACUGUAUCAUACCUUAAGGAAAGGAAUCCAAAAAUUCUUGUGGAAUGCCUCACCCCUGAUUUCCGAGGAGAUCUUAAAGCAAUAGAAAAAGUUGCACUGUCAGGAUUAGAUGUGUAUGCACAUAAUAUAGAAACAGUUCCAGAAUUACAGAGGAAAGUUCGUGAUCCCAGGGCCAAUUUUGACCAGUCUCUACGUGUACUGAAACAUGCCAAGGAGGUUCAGCCUGAUCUUAUUUCUAAAACAUCAAUAAUGUUGGGUUUAGGUGAGAAUGAUGAACAAGUAUAUGCAACAAUGAAAGCGCUCCGUGAAGCAGAUGUAGACUGUUUAACUUUAGGACAAUAUAUGCAGCCAACGAAGCGCCACCUUAAGGUUGAAGAAUAUAUUACUCCUGAAAAGUUUAAAUACUGGGAAAAAAUAGGAAAUGAACUUGGAUUUCAUUAUACUGCAAGUGGUCCUUUAGUGCGUUCUUCAUAUAAAGCAGGUGAAUUUUUCCUGAAAAAUCUAGUGGCUAAAAGAAAAACAAAAGCCCUCUAAAACUUGGACAAGACCUUCAAGAUCACAGAAAUUUUAUUUUAUUUUUUGUGGUGCUGGGAAUUGAUUCCAGUGCCUUGUGUAUGCAAGGCAAGCACAUACAAACUGAGUUAUAUCCCCAGCCCUCGAUCACAGAAAUUUAAAAAACAUAUUUCCAGUUGGAUCCUAAGUGGUGCCAGAAUGCUUAAACUUCAGCGGAUGGACCUUGAUUUUUUUUUUUUUUUUUUUUU